AAUUUUAUUUCAAAAUAGUAGUUCAAACAAAACCAAUUUGAAUCCAAUUUUUUCAGAGAUUUCAGGUCUCUGUUAUCACCGUUUGCAGGAGCAAAAUUUACAUUAAAAGGCUACAUUUUUAAUUUUUUCAGAGAUUUCAGAUCUCUGUUAUCACCGUUUGCAGGAGCAAAAUUUACAUUAAAAGGCUACAUUUUUAAUUAAACUCGCCCCAUUCUAAGUAGUUCAAAUGCCUGGCCGUGGUAGCUAAUUUCCCCAACCAAACAAAUCCAAAAAGUUGGGUUAGGUGAUAUCGCCACAGUCCCUAAAUACACAACUUUUAAUUGAUUGUGAACAUGUCUGAUUCAGAAGACGAUAACUAUUGUUUCUUCGGCAAGCCUCUGCAGCCCUAUGAUGAAGACUCCUUCCCCAAGAAAAAGCCCAUUUCGGUGGAGGACCAGAUCGCCACCGAUGCCCAAGGGCGACGGCGCUUCCACGGGGCCUUCACUGGCGGCUUCUCUGCGGGUUUUUUCAACACAGUGGGGUCCCUCGAAGGCUGGACUCCUAGCGAGUUUAAGAGUACGAGACAAGACAAAGCGGCGAGUAAAUCGCAAAAACCGGAGGAUUUCAUGGAUGAUGAGGAUUUGGGCCAGUUUGGGAUAGCCCCCCAGACUGUGAGGGCCACCAGUGAUUAUUCAACGAGCAAGAAGCGGAAAAGACAGGUUUUUAACGAGGGGCCGAUUCCUGGGGAGCCUGUGCUUCAUUCGUUGUUGACGAGUGGUAACGAAACGAUUGGGUAUUUGUUACUGAAGAAUAUCGGGUUGAAGGGGAAAAAUAGUGAGGGGGAGGAAAGGGUUUACGGGUGCGAAAUGCCCAAGACUUAUGAAAUAUCACGAGAUGAUGAGUUUUGCCAAUACGUUAUCCCGGAUAUUUACAAGGAAUAUUUGGCAAAGCCUAAGGAUAACACUUUUGGGCUGGGUUAUGUUGGGUUGGAUAAGAGCCACGUGAACUUGUUUAAAAGCUCGAAUUUGGUGAUAAGGGAGCGAAACAAGAAGAAAAUUUCCAUAACGGGGCAAGCGUUCGGUGUUGGCGCUUUCGAAGAUGAAGAUGAAGAUAUUUACGUGAAAGAGGACAUGAGUCGGUACGAUUUUGAACUAACUAGCGAAAAAACAACCAAAUUUGAUAAAACCACCAAAGAAAAAACCGUUUUCGACGACUUCGUCCCUAGUAAAAAUACCUUACCGCCAAGAGAAAUUUUUUUACCACCAACAAUCCCGCACAGUUUCACUGGGAAACACAAAGUGAAAAGGUCACGGUUUGAACCGUUACCAACCCCUGAAACGCCCGAAAGGAAGCAAAUGAAUCCUGAAAUAAGGGCAAGACAAUUGGGGGAGGAAACAGUCACUGUCGUUACUGAAGAAAAAUCGAAAAUUGAGCAAACUAAACCUGAAGAACAGUCCAAAGUUGAGGAAAAUAUAAGUGAAGAAAAGCCUAAAAAUUUGCUCACUUUGGCGCUUGGUUUUGAUCGGUUUGUCUCAGCUUCGAAACCUGAAGAUCCGUCGAAUAUUCUCGAAACGGUGGAAAAGUCUGACUGUAUGCAUGGAACCCAAGAAAUGAGGGAUGCGGCUAAAAUGAAGAUGUUUGGGCCUUUGACGAGAAUUUCCAGUGAUUGGCACCCCUGUAGUCUUCUGUGCAAGAGGUUUAACGUGCCUGAGCCCCACGUUGAUGAGCUGAACGCUUCGAAAACUAGAAAACGGACAAAAAAUCUGAUCUUUGAAUAUGAGAAAUUUGCUGAAGCUUCAAUAAUUGACUUAAAGCCAGGCCUAUCUACAAAAGAAACAGACGUUGAAAGUGACAACAAUAAAAAUGAAAAUAUUGUGCAAGAAAAAAUCGUAACGAUUGAGGAAGAAAAAAGAGAAACUGAGGAAAAGUCGCAGGUUUCUAAAGACAUAACCGAGAAGAUCGACGUAGACAAAAACAUGGAUUUGUUCAAAGCGGUUUUCUUGAGUAGUAGCGAAUCAGAAGAUGAAGAAGAGGAGAAGAAACGAGAAAAAACCGAUAAAACAACCGAAAUGAAAACGAGUAUUUUGUCCGAUUCGUUUUUACCAAAAAUUAAACCAAUCAAAUCGGGGAUUUUGUCAGAUAUGGAUUUUUCACGUUUCGAUGAAUCGAAGGCAACGGAAGUAAAUGAAGAAACAAGAACUGUGCCACAAGUUCAAGACCCACUUUCUUAUGGACCACAGUUGCCUGAAAAAUUGAUUAAAAACACUGCAACUUCGAUAGAGAAACCAAAAUUGUGCGAUAAUUCCGAUGAUGAGUGGGUGGAAAAACCAAAAGAGAAGAAACACAAGGAAAAGAAGAAGCAUAAAGAGAAGAAAAGUUCACAUAAAAAGAAACACAAGCACAGUAAAGACCGAUGACGUUUAUUAAUUGAUUUUGCCACAUUUCAUAAUUUUAAUUUAAUUAAUUUAAUUACACUGAUUGAAGCUGUGAUAUUUAUUUAGAAUGUGGAUCGUAAUAAAACAAUUUGUUGAGUGUAAA